AUGCAAUACUUCUCAGCAGACCAAGAUCAACAAUUUUCAUCGGCCGUGACCGCACAGCAUAAAGCUGUAGACGUUGUGGGCCGCAAGCUAGGUGGUAGAGUCCUGAGCUGCUCAGACGAAUGGUUCGCAGAAGCAAAGAACCUUAUCGAACCCAAAGCACCAAUCAGAGACGCUACAAAGUUUGUGCACGCAGGUGCGUGGUACGAUGGAUGGGAAACGCGUCGUCACAAUACGGCCGAGUACGACUGGGUCAUCCUAAAGAUGGGCGUUGCAGCAGCUCACAUUGUUGGCUGCGAAGUUGAUACUGCAUUUUUCAAUGGGAACCACGCACCUGCCAUAUCUGUGGAAGGUCUUUACUUUGAAAAAGAUGGUUCCGAUGGCGAAAACAUAGCUGAAAAUAGCCCUCUUUGGGAAGAGGUCAUACCUAAAAAGGAAUGCGGACCGUCUCAGCGGCACUUGAUGCUCCGCGAGCACGCCACUACCGAAAAGUACACCCACAUUAAACUGAAAAUGUACCCUGACGGCGGGAUCGCCAGGUUUAGACUGUACGGGCGUGUGGUACCUCCCGCUCGUCUUUUAACCGGCUCCGUUGACGGCGCCCCAGUAGACCUCGCUUCUGCAUGCAAUGGUGGUGUUGCCUUGAAAGUUUCGGACCAGCAUUUCGGAUCCGCUGACAACUUGCUGCUGCCGGGCCGUGGCCACGACAUGUCUGAUGGAUGGGAAACCAAGCGCUCACGCUCUCCAGGUCAUGUAGACUGGGCUAUCAUACAACUAGGAAAGCGCACUACUAAAAUUUCUGGCAUAAUAAUCGACACCGCACAUUUCCGGGGAAAUUUCCCACAGUACGUCACUGUGCAUGGUCUAGAUAAUUCAAAUUCAGACAAAGCACCAACGCAUGAUGAUUCACGCUGGUUCACCUUGGUCGAGAAGUCAAAAACUGGACCCGACUUGGAGCACCAAUUUGAACUAGAAAACCUGGCGCCCACAACUCAUGUAAAGCUCACUAUUAUCCCAGAUGGUGGAGUUAAAAGAAUAAGAGUCCUUGGAUAUUGA